UAGUAGUCUAGACUCUAGCAAUAGCUAAUAAAGGCAAUAAUCCAGCAAUAAACCCUGUAAAACAGUCACUAAUUGUAAUUAAUCAUAAUUACGCAUUAGUUAAGCAGUUCUUGUCGCCUUCUUCGCUCUCUCUCACACACACUAGUCACUCACACUUCAAAUCUUCCAUAUAUAUUCUUCUAAAACUUUCUUCUCUCUGUCUCUCUCUAAAAAACACUUUCUUCUCUCUCCACAUAUACACGCAAUAACAAAAAAAGAAAUUCAUAAUUUAGAGAAAGAGAUGAACGACAAAGUGUAUCCAUCAGCGAAGCCCGCUGCCAACGGCGGCGGCGGCGCUCCCACCGCGGCGAACGGCGAGGCGAACCCGGCGUUCCCGGCGAACAAGGCGCAGCUCUACAACUCCACGCGGCCGGCCUACCGCCCGCAGCCGCCGCCGAAGCGGGGCCACCGCCGCGGCUGCUGCUGCUCGUGCUGCCUCUGGUCGACUCUGGCGAUCCUCCUCCUCCUUUUCCUCGCCGCCAUCGCUGGCGCCGUGUUCUACGUUCUCUACCGCCCCCACCGCCCCUCCUUCGCCGUCAAUUCGCUCCAGCUCUCCAGAUUCAACCUCACCGACAACUCCAUCUCCUCGUCGUUCAACCUCUCCAUCACCGCGCGCAACCCUAACAAGAAGAUUGCCUUCUUCUACGAUACGAUUUCGGUGAAAUUUAUCUCCGGCGAUCUCGACAUUGCCGACGGAUCCUUCGCCGGCUUCGCGCAGGGGAAGAAGAACGUUACGACGUUGAGAAGCGUCGUUACGAGCUCGAGAAACCAAAUCUCCGACGGCGCCGACGCUUCGCAGCUGAAAUCAAGCUUGAAGAAUAAGAGCCUGCCGCUGAAGAUUCAACUGGAUACCAAAGUGAGGGUGAAAAUUGGGAAAAUCAAAACGAAGAAUCUCAAAAUUAGGGUUACCUGCGACGGAAUUAAGAUUUCGAUCCCCAGCGGUAAAACGGCGACGUCAGCGACAACUUCGCGCGUGAAAUGCAAGGUCGAUCCAAGGAUCAAGAUCAUCAAAUGGACAGUUUGAGCAGAAUUCUUGCUUAAGGUGUGAUUUUGUUUUUUGGGAAAAAAAAGUUUGUUUUUUUCUGUUUGAUCGUGUUAAUUUCUUUUUGGAUUAUUUUUGGAUUUGGUAUAUGAUUGCUGUUAGGAGGUUAAUUAGGACUUCUCAAAUUUUAAUUUGUGAUAUAUACAUAUUUUUCUUAGUUGUAA